AUGGAUAGUGUCAUACGUGCAUCGACACCUGGUAACGCAACACCGACGGACGCAAGUCUGGUGUCCUUUUUUCACGAGUACCCACGCAUCAUCGGUGCGAGUAACGACUUUCAGGUAACCGUAGGAUACUUUGCUGGGAUUGGGUAUACUGCGAUACCUUAUUUGGCUGUUGCGCUAUUUUUCCUUAUUGUUGGUGUAGUCUUCGUUUGUGUCCCUUGGCGUGUGUUGCUCUGCUUACCUCGACGACGGCCUCGUCCGCUGGUCUCCGCUCCCGAGCCCGCAACCUUCUUCUACGCGAAAAAGGUAGCGUCCGAUGAGAAAAGUCCCGAUCUUUUUUCUGAGGAAGACACGAGUACAGAACCAUCAGCACCUGUACUAGACGAGGAAAUAUCAACGGUGGCAGCGGAGACAGCUCCUCCAGCUUCUAACGGUUGUCGGUUUCUCCCUCCGCCGCUGUGCGCCGUGUACCCGGUGAGCGCAACGAUCGGACUCGUGCUCAUGGCAGGUGCAGCUGCCGUUGCUCUUGCAGGUGUGAUCGUCUCUCACCAGACCCUGGACGAUACGCUCGGUGUGGUGCGCGGGGGAUCCCACGCGGUACGCCUCGAGGGCCGUGCCGUUGUCUCCCUCUACACGAACGCUUCGGGGGAGCUUCAGAGCCUGGUGACGAGUUUGGAGUCGGUGGUGAGCUCGAGUUCGCUUUCGGGGCUGAACUUUAGCGAUAUACCAGCUCAGGCGAGGAGCAUCUACCGCGACGUGGCGAACGUUCUGAACAGUCUCGACAGUGGCUUGGGAUCGGUGAAUCUCGCAGAAUCGAUCCACUUCGGUUUGAUGUUGGCCUGUGCGAUUGUGCUUUUGGUGUUGGCUUUCUUGACUGCUGCGGCAUUCUACUUGUCAAACCGUUUUGCGAUCCGGAGCGCUUCCGUGGAAACCGCACGAGUCCAUUCGGAUGACCCGGUUACACUGAAUCAGAGAAGGUCUCGGUGGACGAAAUGGUUCCUGCGAAUCACGCUCCUGGCUCCAGUCUUGUUUGCAGCGCUUUCUUGGGUAGGUCUGGGCGCCUCUGUUGUCUACGGUGUGCUCAAUGGGGACCUCUGCUCGGCCGCGAGUGCACGCCAGGUACAGUUGCUUCGCGGUGAGAACAUUCAUGGGGAAACUGGUGGUCCCGAUCACAUAUCGUCUCACUCGCUAGACCAUUUGAUCUACUGUCCUGCUGUAACCAGCCUCACGCAUGUCUUGGAUGAACAACAGAGAGAUCUGGACAAAGUCUCAACUGCGCUGGAGCCGCUGCUGCAUCACAACAUCACACUGCAGAAUUACAAACAAGUUAUUCAGGACUUUGAAUCCACCGGAGGGUUCCGCGCGACGCUCCUCCACGGCGUUCUGACUGAGGGCGAACACAUUCUUGACAUGUUGAGCAACGGAACGCAAAUUCUGGAGCAGUGGCGAGCCUGUGGACCCGUCCUGAACAUUUUAGCGGAUGCGCUGCAGGAGCAGUGUAACAGCGGAAUUCAAGCGGCCCUGUUGGCUUUUAUUGGUUUCAUUCUUUGUGUUGUCUUUGGGUCGAUUCUUCUGUUUUACAUUGUCGGCUGCAGCAAAGCACAGAAUCAGGCGCUUGGUCUCUGA